UCGAAAUUUGCUGCAAUUAAUAAUUUGUUUUGUCUACUAAAUCUACAUUAACGCAUGGAUCUGAAGGCCCUUUUAUUGAAUUCCAUUUCGAGUAAACAACCUCUGCUACUCAAUAGACGCAUGCAUAUCGGAAAAUGCUGUUACUCGGUCACCUUUGAGGUUGACGGCAAAAUGUUAACCGUUAUACGCAUACGACAAAUCUAUACCAAGGCACCUUUUCAAAUGCGUGUACAGCGGCGUCAACGAUUCCUGCAGAAAUUGAAAAGCUGCUCUUCAAUAAGUUCCAACUCCGACCUUAAGCCGAAAUCCUCGCCAACACGUACAAUCUUACCGCAAUUCGCCGAUUCCUCUACCCAAACAACGAAGCCGGAAGUGCGUAGUCGCUCAACGGAGACCGAAAUACACACACUGCCGGUGCAUCGUGAACAGCAGACCCAUCGUCGCUUACUGCGUAAACAAGGCACACAAACCGAUCCGAAUACUUUAUGUCAUGGCGUUCAAACCGAACGUAAAAUAUUUCCACGGGCCACUCAGACCAACGAAAGUUGUGCCGCAGCUUCGACUACCCAAACCGAAUCCUAUUGCUAUAACAAUCAAGUGCAAACGGAACCAUUCGAGGAUGAUUUAAGUGCUGAGCGCGAAAAGGAGGCGGUUGUAUUUAUGCUAAAUGAAAUCGGCGAAAUGAUUAUCAAUCAGAAUCAUUUGCUGCAGAACAAUACAACAAUGUUGAGUCAGAUGUCGGAGAUGACGAUGUUGAACAAGGUGGCAGCGCAGCAAAAAAGCUGCAUGAACUAUGAGAAAAAGUACAAAUUUCAUCGUUUCACUCGAAAGCAUGGUAGAUUCCGCUAUUCACCCAUGCCGUCGAAAGCGUUGCCAGUUGACAAGAGUUUUUCUUCCAGAAAUCAAUGGGCACAAACCAUUUAUCCCAUAGGCCUCUCCACCAAAACGACGCAAACGCGUCAAGAAAUUCAAAGACGCAAGCGUUUUAGUCUCUUUUGUUUCAAAUUAUGACAAAAUUCUACUUUAUUGAAAUUAUAGAACUCAGAUACAAAAUAGUUUAACGAUUGAACAAACGAUUUGGUCGCUUUAUGUCAUGACUGACCUUGUAAAUUAUAUUAUUUAAUUAGUCUUAUUAUGAUUGC